AUGAACACCGUGCCCCACAGUAUUCAUUCUCCCUGGCUUAAGCACAAAACUCAAGCUACAAAGGCCUUGAACCCAGGUACAGAACAGGCCAGAGACCCAGCCAACCGCGAUUUCCAGAAUGAGAUCAGAACGAUACCAGAACGAUACCAGAAAUCUAGUCAACCAGACCAGACCAGCCAACAGGACCACCGUGGCCCAAAAACAACCCAGAAUCAAGGACUCCGGAAGCCCUACUCGUACAGAAACCACCACUCACAGAUCUCGGCCUCAGACCUGAGAGGAAGUCAACAAGAACCCUACGAACAAAAGGUUCAAGCCAACCCUACAGUAGUGCAAGCACCACCCUCGAAUGUAUACAAACAGCAAAUACCAGAGGCAAACAGGAUUGAAAACCAGUCUAGUACCACCACAGGUUACACUCAUAUGUAG